AUAUAUUACGUCGUAUCGUAUCGCGCGAUUAUCGCGGCGUGCGGACGAGCGAGCGGCGUCUCGUCGGCGGCAAUUAGUUGUUAGCGGCCUGCCGGCGACCCGGUUUCCAUUGCGAUCUCGGCGCGGUUCCACGGACGACGCGUCGGCCGCACGCACGGUGCUAGGUACGUACGCACGUACGCGUAUACCGCGAGAAGUUAGCGGCGUUCGAUAGGCGCGCGGCAUUCGCAUUUCGCGAGCGCUUCGCGUGUAACCUCUCGUCUUCCUCGGCGGCGGCACCCCGUCGCCCGCUGGGCAGGUCGUAGUUUUCUCGUCAAGAUGGCCGAGAAGAGCGGUACGCCGGCCGCGACCGCGGCCCAGGACGGCCAGCAGUCGCAGCAGCAGCAAUUCCUGUCGAGUUUCAUCAGCGAGAUCAUCCGGAGCCCGGUGAAUCUCAUUCUCGUGGGCGUGAUCGCCAUCCUGAUCUACAAGAUCGUCAAGAGCCGCACGAGGCCGGAGGUGCCCCUGCCCGAGGUGAAAAAGCUGCCGAAACUGCGGCGCGAUUUCACGAUCGAGGAGCUGACCAAGUACGACGGCAAAGGAUCCGACGGCCGGAUACUGGUCGCGGUGAACGGCAGCGUCUAUGACGUCACCAGGGGCGCCAAGUUCUACGGGCCCGGCGGUCCAUAUGAAGCAUUCGGUGGCCGAGACGCUAGCAGAGCACUAGCGAGGUUUGCAGUUGACGCAGCGACGGAUAAGUACGAUGAUUUGAGCGAUCUGAACACCACGGAGAUGAAUUCUAUCAAGGAAUGGGAGGAACAGUUCAAAGAGAGGUACGAUUACGUCGGAAAGCUACUGAAGCCCGGCGAGACGCCUACAAAUUACUCGGAUGAGGAGGACGAGGGCAGCCAGCAGGAGACUGAAGCGAAAUCCGAGAAUUCCGAGACCGACGCCGCGGCCAAGUCAAAGAGCGAUUGACCGCGUGACCGUACACCGAAAGAAGCAGAAUCGUUUCGGAAGCACACUACGCACACACUGUUGUUACGGAAAUCUCUGAAAUUGUCGCUCAUGAAUAUAUUUCCGGACGUUCGGCCGAAUAUUUUAUUACUUCGCAACGAUAAUCAGAUAAAGAGGCGAGGCGCUGGCUUUUAAUCGAGUCAAAAGUACGAGGGCAAGCGUUCUGGAGGGGGCUGUGGCAGAGCGCGCGAAGACUUCAUUUAAGAGCGCCCGAUACUUCCGGUCAAGGCAAACGCUCGCGUCUUUUAAUGUUUUUUACAUAUGUACAAAAAGAGAUUUUCUCUACAGAUCGCUAAGCUGAGAAUCAGUCGCAGGUAAAUCAUGCAGCGUAUUCCAUUGUAGAUGUUUCCCGUUGUUGAAUUAUGAGUUGCGUCCUGGUCGCUGCACGGCGCGCGGAGGUAAUCCGCGUCCGUGCAAGUACGACGAGUACGUUAAAGUUUCUGACACAUGCAUUUGGGACUUAGUUUGUAAGUUUCACAAAGUAUCUCAUUGUGUUCGCGCAAUUCCAUAAUUUUUGUAAUUACGAAAAUGAUGUCACGAUAUACCGAGUCGUAGAGCUGAGACCCAUACGGAGAGACACGCAUACACACGUACAUAUACUUCGGAGUAACAGUUGUCACGCCUGUGAAUAAUCCGAUUAGCAUUCGGAUACAACGCUGAUACAUAGUCGCGUAUUCAUGUUGUAUUUUUAAUACAAUCGCGCACCAAAUACAUAUAUAUCUAAUUAUUAUCCAAUGAUGCGAAGUGAGGAGUUGUUCCUCAUUUACAUCAUCGAGGUAAUGAGAGGAGCCAUUUCGACGAGGCAAAUUGUAUAUUUUCACUUUGUAAGAAUUUUAGCUGCUAAAUCAGCAUUUGGAAACCGCCCGGCGGCGUUUCCAACGGUUUUUGUUCUGUGUGUGUAUAUUUUUUUUUACAUGAAAUUCGUAAACGUGUGAGAAACAUUUGUCGUUAGGUUUUAGCGAUUUGUAAGAUUUCGUUACAAUUGUACGAGCGCGCAAUGUUGGGGUAUGAAAACUCGUCGCGUGUACGUAUACAACUCGCGUACUUCCGUGUAGUGUAUCUCUCGACACUGCAGAGCAUUAUCAACGCUGUUUGAUAGCUUGAUUCACCGAUAAAAAUAAGAACGUGGUUUUGGUAACUAGUUAUAUAUACAUAUAUAUAUAUCUGAAGAUAUAAGUUUACGAAUAAAUUAUAUAUGGUUACGUUAUACAUAGAUUUCCACACACGCGUGAAGAAAAAGAUCUGCACACGCCAUUCCCUGCACUACUUGAAAUUCCCUCGAUGUAAAUCGAACUGUAUUUUACAUCUUGUUGGUGUAUAAAGAACAAGAAAUAUUAUUCAUUGUACACCAUA